AUGGCCGCCUCGGCAUUGGCCUCCCGCGCGCUGCGGCCUCCGCACGGCGGCCACGCUGCCGCCCCUUCGCCGCGUCCGCGUCUGCGUGCGCGCUCGGCAAACGCCGCUGCCGCUCCAAGGGCGCGCUGCCGCGCGGUGGCUGCGGACGAGCGCCCCGCCGACCCCGCGUUCCCCGAGGGCCAGAACCGCGGGAUUUCCGGGGCGGUGGAGCGGCCGGAGGCGGACGUCGUUGUGAUAGGCAGCGGGCUCGGCGGGCUGUGCUGUGCCGGCCUCCUGGCGAGGUACGGCCAGGACGUGCUGGUGCUCGAGAGCCAUGACCGCCCGGGCGGCGCCGCGCACUCGUUCGAUAUCAAGGGCUUCAACUUCGAUUCAGGGCCAUCCUUGUUCUCCGGAUUCCAGUCCAGAGGCCCCCAGGCAAAUCCACUUGCUCAGGUCCUUGAUGCGUUAGGCCAAUCAGUCCCUUGCGCGUCUUAUGACUCUUGGAUGGUUUAUGUACCUGAAGGACAAUUCCUCUCACGGAUAGGACCAACUGAAUUCCUCAAGGACCUUGAGAUGUUUGUUGGUGUUGACGCUGUCCAGGAGUGGAAAAAACUUCUUGAUGCAGUUAUUCCUAUGUCUGCAGCUGCAAUGGCUUUGCCUCCGCUUUCCAUUCGAGGCGAUUUGGGCAUUCUAUCUACAGCUGCCGGUAGAUAUGCUCCUUCGUUGUUGAAAUCAUUCAUACAAAUGGGGCCCCAAGGAGCUCUGGGCGCUACAAAACUGUUACGUCCAUUCAAAGAAGUUGUUGAUUCACUGGGGCUGAAAAAUCCCUUUGUUCGUAAUUGGAUCGAUCUCCUGUGCUUUCUACUUGCUGGAGUUAAAUCUGAUGGUGCUCUUUCUGCAGAAAUGGUUUAUAUGUUUGCAGAAUGGUACAAACCAGGAUGCUUGCUUGAGUACCCUCUGGGUGGAACUGGAGCAAUCAUAGAUGCCCUCGUGAGUGGUAUUGAAAAAUUUGGUGGCAGACUUGCUCUUCGUUCUCAUGUUGAAAAGAUCUUAAUCGAAAAUGGUCGAGCAGUUGGUGUCAAGCUACAAAGUGGACAAGUUGUCCGUGCAAAGAAAGCGGUUGUUAGCAAUGCAUCUAUGUGGGAUACUUUGGAUCUGCUACCACCAAAUGUUGUCCCAAAAACAUAUGAAGAUAGAGUGAAAGCAACUCCACAAUGUGAAUCGUUUAUGCAUCUCCACCUUGGUUUUGAUGCAGAGAAUGCUAGAGAGGACCUUGGGAUCCAUCACAUUGUGGUUGAUGAUUGGAACAAAGGAGUUGAUGGUGAACAAAAUGUUGUGUUGGUAUCUGUUCCUAGUGUUCUUAGUAAGGACCUGGCACCACCUGGAAAGCACAUUCUUCAUGCAUAUACUCCAGGGACAGAACCUUUCAGUUUGUGGGAGGGACUGGACAGGAAAAGUGCAGAAUAUCGAAGAUUGAAGGAAGAACGUUCUGAGGUGAUGUGGAAAGCUGUGGAGCUUGCUCUUGGCCCAAAAUUUAGCCGUGAAAAAUGCGACGUGAAAUUGGUCGGGACACCACUGACACACAGGAGAUUUCUCCGAAGGAAUAGGGGAACCUAUGGUCCAGCCAUAAAAGCUGGAGAAGCCACUUUCCCUGGGCAAGCAACACCAAUCCCCCAGCUCUUCUGCUGCGGUGACUCGACUUUUCCAGGGAUCGGAGUGCCGGCGGUCGCGGCCAGCGGCGCAAUCGUCGCGAACACGCUGGUUCCGGUGUCGCAGCAUUCGGAGCUCCUUGACGCUGUUGGAAUUUGA